UUUUAGAGAAUGAUCGUUGUACAACAAUUUGUGUAUUUAGUAUAGUGAGAAUUAGCUGGAGAAUAUAGGAGAAAGAAAACAACCGUAAACAUAUGUUUAGUUUCAUAACAUCUUAUUUGUUCAUGUCACUCUAACUCAAAGGACAACAACACCUAGACACAGAUUUCUUCACAGAAAGAUGAGCAAAGACAAACCUGUUGCAAGUCAUGCUUCUGUUUCUACUGAUGACUCGUGUUAUGACCUAGAAAGAAAAAAUGGACUGUCCACUGUUCUCGUACCUUGCAACAAUGAUGAAGAUUUAAAAUUUCCUUUAAAAAAAGCAUCCUAUGUGAAUCAAACAUUGAAUUUUGCAUCUUCCAGUUUGAUAGAAUCACCUGUUGUGUCAGCUCUUCUGGUUUCCCAUGGUUUGUUACAAAAUGGUUUGAAUUUGUGUGACAAUUCUGGAGUUAAAAUUAAAACAGAACCAGUGUCUGAAAAUGAUGCAGGUUAUGUAAAGAAGUUCUCUGAUGCAAGUAAAUUUAAUCAAAAUCAAGACAGAGAAUCAACUCACAGGUGCCAGUGGCUAGACUGUGAGAAGCAGUUUUUUGAUGGGGAUGACUUAGCUGAACAUGUCAAUCAGACCCACAUCCAGCAGAAUGAUGAUGCUGAGUAUCAUUGCCAAUGGAUUGACUGCAAGCGACAAGGAAAGGCCACUUUCUCUAGGUACAAAAUGCUGAUGCACAUGAGAUGUCACACCAAAGAGAAGCCACAUAUUUGUGCAUGUGGCAAAUGCUUUGCAAGAUUAGAAAACUUAAAGAUUCAUAUGCGAUGUCAUACAGGAGAAAAACCAUACGUAUGCCAUGUGGAAGGCUGUGGAAAGGCUUACACCAAUUCUAGUGAUCGAUUCAAGCAUACACGAACACAUUUUGUUAAGAAACCAUAUGUAUGCAAAGCAGAAGGCUGUAACAAGAAAUACACAGAUCCCAGCUCUCUUCGGAAACAUAGAAAAUCUUGUGGACACAUUCAGAACAACACCGAACAGAAUGUGCAUAAUGAAACCCACAAGUUACAGAAGUAUUCUCACAGAAGCUUUUCAAGAUUUAAAGGUGAUAAACCUUGUGCAUUUCUAAAUGGAUUCCAAGAUGUGAUUCAUGGAGCCAAUGAACCUAGGCCUAACUCAGAAAGACCCAUUUUGUAUAAGCAGCCACUUUUGGAAUAUUUGGUUUGUUUUGAAUCCUGCCAAAGAUUGAUAGACAAAAAUGCUAAGUAUUUAAAUAUCAGUGAUAAAGUGUUAGGUAUGUGUUCCUCUCAUUCAAAUGAAGCUUUGCCACUUGACCUUAGAACCACAAAUAGUGAAAAUAUUACUUCUAACAUGGAAAAUCACCCAUAGUCAUCAUGAUCUUGUUGUUUUCCAGUGAGAUGAAAAGAAAGAUCUCAUAAUGUUUUUAUAAAUCAUAGACUUUUUUUUAGUAAUAUAAAUAUUAAAUUAACCUAUAAAAAAUAUACAGCAGUUUUUAAUAUUGUCAGUUGUAGGAUUGAUGACAACAGUAAAAUAUUUUUUUUGGUGAGUUUCUUAGAUUCAAAGUACUAGCACUUUAGUUUACACUAAAGUUAACACUUCUAGAUUAUGAUCAACAAUAAGAAUGAUUGUGUGAAUUGACACUCAGAAGUCAUGCUUGUAGAUUUGAGAGGUGGUAAAUGUUGUCUUUAACUUACAAUACACUUAAGUAUGCUAUGGCUCUUACACUUUUGGUCAAAAACUCUUCUAUCAUAUGACCCCAUAUGUCAUGAAGAAGUUAAGAAAUAGUAGGUAAUAUAAUAUUUUGUGUGAUUAAAGUUGUAUAUUUGACACUUAUUAGAUGCAUGUAAUUUCAGACAAUGGAAAAACAUUUAUUUCUUGUAACUACGUUGUAACACAGUACCAUCAGAAGAGAUAAAUGUUUUGGAUUCUGGUUCUGGGAACAAAACCAUGAUGAUGCAGAUAUAUAGACCAAGAACUCCUGUAAUUAAAUAAUUACAAUAAUAAUUUAUAUGAAGUAUUAAUAGUAUAAGAAAUGAGAUUAUCAAAAACUGAUUACUUGUUUUACAAAUAACAGUUCUAAUGCUCGUUAUAAAUACCUGUACAAAAAAAAAGAAAAAAGUGUACAGCUCUUCAUGAAUGUAAAGUAUAUAUUAUACAACCUUCUUUUCUGUUAAGUCUACAGUAUGUUAUUUGUGCAUA